UUCUACACACGCUCACAGACACACACACACACACACACACACACACACACACACAGAGAACACACCUUCGCUGUCUUACUGGCCUGAACUUCUACAGACAGUGAAGCCUGCACACGCACACGGCUGUCUGCGGUGCACUUGUUAUCACAACAGAGAUGAUUGAAACUUGACCGGGCGUUCUGACUGUGUGAGGAAUAACCUUCCCUGCAGGAGGCUUCGAAUUCAGAGCUGCCCGAUUGCUCCUGUGCCAACACAGAGAGGGGAUUUAGAGUUUACGCUGCACUGGCAGGAGUUCAACUACUCCACCAGCGCUGCUCGGAAGUAACCGUGGAAUAUAAGAAACAGCCUCUGUUUACACAGACUCAUAGUGCUACCUCUUUUAUCCUUACCUCUGCCCUGGCCUCUCAUUAUUUGCCUCCUCACUCCUGUCCUCAAGGGAACUUUAAUCCCUUUUACAGCACACAUCAGCUCAUCUCACCACCCAUUUAUCCAUCUCAUAAUGAACUCCUCUACCUCCAUUACAUCCCUAUUCUCCUUCACCAGCCCGGCGGUGAAGCGCCUGCUUGGCUGGAAACAAGGGGAUGAGGAGGAGAAGUGGGCGGAAAAGGCUGUGGACUCUCUUGUGAAGAAACUAAAGAAGACGAAAGGGGCGAUGGAAGAGCUGGAGAGAGCCCUCAGCUGCCCCGGACAGCCCAGCAAGUGCGUGACGAUUCCUCGGUCGCUGGAUGGGAGGUUGCAGGUGUCCCACAGGAAGGGUCUGCCCCAUGUCAUCUACUGCAGGGUGUGGCGCUGGCCUGACCUGCAGUCCCACCACGAGCUGAAAGCCCUGGAGUGCUGCGAGUUCCCCUUCGGCUCCAAGCAGAAGGACAUCUGUGUCAACCCCUACCACUACAGGCGGGUGGAGACUCCAGUGCUGCCGCCAGUUCUGGUCCCACGCCACAGCGAGUUCAACCCUCAACACAGUUUACUGGCAAAGUUCAGGAACGCUUCCCUGCACAAUGAGCCUCUGAUGCCCCAGAACGCCACCUACCCGGACUCCUUCCCUCCACUGCCGUGCUCAACCUUCUCCUCCUCCCCUUCUUCCUCUCUCGCCCAGUCUCCCAACUCACAGAGUUACCCCGACUCCCCCAACAGCUCUGCAGAGCCUGGCAGUCCGUAUCACAUCACAGCUGAGACUCCCCCACCACCGUACACCAUGAUGGAGACGAGCCCUCAAGACGAUGUGAAGCCCAGCAACUCCACAGAACCCAUCAAACUCACAUUUUCUGCUCCGCACAGAGACUUACGGCCCGUGUGUUACGAGGAACCAGAGUACUGGUGUUCCGUAGCUUACUACGAACUCAACAACCGGGUGGGGGAGACCUUCCACGCGUCAUCCCGCAGCGUCUUGGUGGACGGCUUCACAGACCCAUCCAACAACAAGAACCGCUUCUGCCUCGGCCUGCUAUCCAAUGUCAACCGCAACUCCACCAUCGAACACACACGCCGGCACAUAGGCAAAGGUUUACACCUGUACUACGUAGGCGGCGAGGUGUACGCAGAGUGUCUGAGUGACAGCAGUAUCUUCGUCCAGAGCCGCAACUGUAACUUCCAGCAUGGCUUCCACGCCACCACAGUGUGUAAGAUCCCCAGCGGCUGCAGCCUCAAGAUCUUUAACAACCAGCUGUUCGCCCAGCUCCUCGCACAGUCCGUUAACCACGGCUUUGAAGUCGUCUAUGAGCUCACUAAGAUGUGCACCAUCCGCAUGAGCUUUGUUAAGGGCUGGGGUGCCGAAUACCACCGUCAAGAUGUGACCAGCACCCCCUGCUGGAUCGAGGUACAUCUGCACGGGCCCUUGCAGUGGCUGGACAAGGUCCUCACACAGAUGGGUUCCCCGCACAACCCUAUUUCUUCAGUGUCAUAACAUGAACACAGAUACACACUUCUUAGUGUGUGCUGUUGGUCCUUCACACAGGUAGUCAUAGAUUCUGAAUGUUUUGCUACUUCCAGGUUUUCUGUCCUAUCGUCCCUCUCUUCGCAUCUCAAAAAAAUUACAAAAACAUGCUUUGCUGUGUAACUGAAACACAUGAUUGACUGAAUUUCAUUUAGCCAGUUUACAGCUCAUGCAGUUAAAUGAUCAUGCCUUCCUUAUUUCAGUAUAUAAUAAAGCUUUUAUCCUCUGUGUUUUCAUUGGGACAUUACCUGCACUCCAAGAUAAAAAAAAUGGGAUACAUUUGUAGGUACUCAAAGACUUGUGUUACUGUAUAUUGUAAAUGUUAUUACGGUAGUAUGUACUGUCCAUAUGUUGCCUAAUGUUUGACUCUAUGUGCCGGUUGCUUUUUAUGUGUCACAUUAAAGUUACAUUUUCUUUAAGAAUCUAAA